UCAUGCCUGUUCCAUGCAUUCCCCAGCGACAUGACUCGCUCCAGACCUCUUCGCUCGCAAAUGUUGGUAACAGAUUCUCUUCCAAUGCCCCCGGCAUCACCCCCCAUUUUGUGCCAUUCGCUGCGAAUGAUGUUUCACGAUACGAUAAUCGUCUUCUUGUCGCUCAUGAGGAAACUCCCCAACGAGCUGAAUUCCUCUCAAAUUUGACGGGUACAUUUUUUGGAGUGAAAGCCCUCGCAACGGUUUACAGCCUGCCAUACGUAACGCUUAUGUGGGGGAUGAUCUACUUUGCAAUCGCCCUUCUGUACAACGUGUUCAAAUCUACGACGACGGCCAUGCCAGCAUCAGUUGCCAGCGGCAAAAGAUAUGGACAAGGAUUUGUUGUGACUCCUGCGAGCCCUGAUCAGCACGUACCGCUGCCGACUACAACUUCAGAGUCAUUCUCGCACUAUAUGUCGACAGCAGGCAAAACUGCCGCGUGGACCGGUCGCGUGCCAGGAUUAGAUAUCAUGUAUUAG